AUGGCUUCCGGCUUUGUGUUCGAAGCGCCCAGCGAUGAAGAAGUCGAGCACGAAGAAUACGAAGAGGACGAAAGUGAUGACUCUUCAAAAGGUAUAGAAGAAGAAGCACAACCUAGCAACUCAGGAGGAGAAGAAGAAGGAGAUAGUGAUGAUGAAGAUGAGACUGCUGCAUUUGCCUUGCCAACACUGGAGAGGCUACUAUACCGUCCAAAGAAUCGGCCGGCUAUAAGAGUUCUUAUACUGACUCCUACUAGGGAACUUGCUGCACAGGUGCACAGUAUGAUAGGGAAACUUGCUCAGUUUAUGACAGAUAUCAGAUGUUGUUUGGUCGUUGGUGGGCUUUCCUUACAGACGCAAGAGGCAGCUCUGCGAUCCAUGCCAGAUAUAGUUGUGGCCACUCCCGGACGUAUGAUAGAUAUUCUUCGCAAUUCCAAGUCAAUAGAUUUGGACAGUCUUGCUGUUUUGAUACUUGAUGAAGCAGACCGUCUUUUGGAGUUUGGAUUUAGUGCCGAUAUGCCUGAGCUGAUGAGACUGAUACCUAAACGGAGGCAAACUAUGCUGUUCUCUGCCACUAUGACAGAAGAAGUCAACGAGCUCAUCAAAUUAUCAUUGAACAAACCUUUGCGGCUUUCAGCAGAUCCAUCCACAAAACGACCAGCAACUUUGACCGAAGAGGUUGUUAGAAUACGCCGAAUGCGUGAAGGGAACCAGGAAGCAGUUCUUCUUGCUUUGUGCUCUAGGACAUUCACAUCCAAAGCUAUCAUAUUCAGUGGAACAAAGCAAGCUGCACAUCGCUUGAAAAUAUUAUUUGGGUUAUCUGGUUUCAAAGCCGCUGAGCUUCAUGGUAAUCGUACUCAGGCCCAACGUUUAGAAGCUUUGGAAUUGUUUAGGAAGCAACAAGUGGAUUUUCUGAUUGCUACUGAUGUUGCUGCCAGAGGACUCGAUAUUAUUGGUGUUGAAACAGUGAUAAAUUUUGCAUGCCCUCGUGACCUUACCACGUAUGUUCAUCGAGUGGGUCGAACAGCUAGGGCUGGUAGGGAGGGGUAUGCUGUUACGUUUGUAACUGACAACGAUCGUUCUCUUCUGAAAGCAAUUGUUAAAAGAGCCGGUUCAAAGUUAAGGAGUCGAAUUGUUGCAGAACAGUCUAUAAUUAAGUGGUCUCAAAUGAUUGAGCAAAUGGAGGAUCAAGUAGCUGAAAUUCUGCAAGAAGAGAGGGAAGAAAUGGCUAUGAGAAAAGCGGAGAUGGAAGCUACUAAGGCCGAAAACAUGAUUGCACAUCAUGAUGAAAUCUAUUCACGGCCAAAAAGAACGUGGUUUUCAACUGAAAAGGAGAAAAAGCUUGUUGCAAAAGCAGCCAAAGUAUCUCUGGAGAAGGGUAAAGUUUCUAAAAAUGAGUUAAUUAGUGCUGAACAAGCCGAAGAUCUAAAGAUGAAGGAAAAGAGAAAGCGAGAGCGAGAGAAAAAUCUGCCGCGGAAGAAAAGGAGGAAGUUGGAAGCUGCCAGAGAAUUAUUGGAAGAUGAUUACGAAAGUCAAGAGGGAACUAACAAGAAUAAGAAAGAGAAGGGCGGGAAGGAUGGGAAGAACGGAAUUUCUCUUGUUGAUCUGGCUCAUAGACGGGCAAAAGCUGCGAAAGCUGUCAAAAGGGCUAUUGAUUCUGGAAAAUUUAUCAGAAAGGUGGAAAGGAAGUCAACACAUUCUUCCCAGAAAACACAAUCCAGGACUGAAGAGACGAAGGAGCUUUUCCAGAGUGACAUGGGGGAUAAAAAACGUAGAAAAAAUCCUCAAAUUGGUGGGAAAAAGAAAUCUUCAUUCAAAAGUAAAUCAAGGUAUAAACGCAGGUGA